AUGGAGACGCGGCCGGCCAAGCGCGCCCGGGGCGACGUCCAGUGCCUGACACCGGAGAAGUCUCCCAACGAUGCGCUCUCGUAUCGACUGCUUGCUUUUCCGAAUGGCUUCGAAGCGCUACUGGUCUCCUGUGACGACGCGAAGAAGGGCCGUGCUGCGGCCUCGGUGGCCGUGGCCGCCGGCUCCUUCAGCGAUCCCGGGAGCUGCCAGGGGCUCGCACACUACCUCGAACACAUGCUCUUCAUGGGGAGUUCGAAGUACCCAGGUGAAGAUGAGAUGGAGUCGUUCCUGGCAAAGAACGGCGGCUCCAGCAAUGCCUUCACGGACUGUGAGCAUACGUGCUACUACUUCGACGUGAAUAAGACGGAGCUGCAUACUGCUGUCGACAUGCUGGCUCAGUUCUUCAUCGCACCCUUGCUGAAGACAGACUCUGCUGAGCGAGAGCUCAACGCGAUCGAGUCCGAGUUCCGCCUCACCCAGAAUGCGGAUGACUCCCGUGUCGAGGCACUCUACUCCGUCUUCGCGAAGGAGCGGCAUCCUUUCCGCAACUUUGGCUGGGGCAACUUACGGAGUCUCAAGGAGGAGCCGGCACAGAAAGGGGUUGACAUCAACGAGGAGUUGCGCAAGUUCUUUCUGGAACACUACCAGGCGCCCCAACUCCGCUUGUGUGUCUACGGGGUGGAGUCCCUGGACGACUUGGAGACUCUUGUGGUCACGUCCUUCUCGGUACUGCCUUGCGGCAGCGCGCCGCAGCGAGCGGAAAGGGGCCUUCCUUUCGAGGUGCAGUGCUUGCCACUGCUGCUGCGGGUGCGCCCCGUGCAGGACACGCACAAGCUUUGCAUCGCCUGGCAGCUGCCCCGCACGCAGCAUCUGUACUUGUCCAAGCCACUGAACUACGUGGCGCAUUUGACCGGUCAUGAGGGCGCGGGCUCGCUUCAAGCGUGGUUGAAGAGUCAAGGCCUGGCGACGGAGGUCGAUGCUGGUGUGAGCGACGAGGACGACUGGAACUCCAAUGCCAUGUGCAGCAUGUUUAGCAUCGGCCUCACCCUUACGGAGAGGGGCCUCUGCCAGUGGCCGGAGGUCGUGCAUGCGGUCUUCCUUUACAUCUCCAUGAUGAUCCGAGAAGGCCCGCAGAAGUGGAUUCACGACGAAUUGGUGCAGGCGCAGGACGUGGGCUGGCGGUUUCUCGAAGAGACAGAUCCGAUGGAGUACGUGCAGAAGCUUGCGUGUCAGAUGUUGCCUGACCUGCAAAGACAGCGGGAGCAUCUUCUGAAGUCGGAGUGGAUGCUGUCUCAGUGGGAUCCCGAUGGCAUCUCUGAGUUCCUUCGCUUGAUGGUUCCUCGCAGCUGCUUCAUCGUUCUGCUCUCCAGUGCCUAUGGCCGAGCAAAGGGUGCCCAGCAAGAGCCUGGGAAGGCCUCCGGUGAUCAAGAAGCCGAAGGAGAGGAGGAGGAGACCUUGGCUGAGGAUCCCGAGGUGGACCUAACCUCCCAGUCACCGGCAGCAGCCGAUCCCCACUUCGAUCCUCAGGCCCAGACUCCCUCGGUGGAGCCGCACUUCAAAACGGAGUAUUGGAAAGCUGGGCCUGAGGAGGUAAGUCGGUGGAUGGGGCUUUGGGAGUCAUCUCCUGGGAAGGAUAGCCUGGCUGCAGACGCCGCAAAGCAGAUGCGCCUGCCCGACCGGAAUCCCUUCCUGGCGACGAACUUCGAGCUCUGCCCUGCUCCGGCAGAACAGGAGUCCUCCGUGGAGACCUGGCUUUCGGAGCUCGGGGUGGAGAGUGAGUCCUCUCUGAGGAGCAUCUAUGGCAACUUCCCGAAAUUGCCGAGGCCACCGCAGCGGCCUGUGGCCUUGGGUGCCGGAACGUGGCACUUGCAGGAGACGGUGCUGCAAACACCCAGAAGCGAGGUCUGGCUGAAGCUGUCGGUGCCCUGGCCGUCCUUAGGCCUGGCUGUGCAACAGGCGCGGCUGGCACUGCUGGCCCGUGUGCUGUCGGACUCGCUCAACGAAGUUUCCUACUUGGCUGAGCAAGCAUCCCUGGAUUUGCGUAUCCGGGACGAGCUGUACGGCUUGGACGUUCGGGUAGGAGGCUUCCACGAGAAGCUUCCUCUCCUGCUCCAUGCGGCUCUUGAACAGCUCAAGCUCUUUGGGAGCCCAAGUGCGUGGCAAGAGAGGCUAGACAGCCCGCAGUUCCUUCGCCGCUGCAGCGCGCAGCGCGAGGAGCUUCUACGUAGCUUGAGGAAUGAGUACACGAAGCCCGGCGACCACUGUGCUGACCUGCGCCGGUCGAUGGUCAUGGCAUCCCGCACCUUGGCGACGGAGAGGGCCGAUGCUCUGGAGGCGUUGCAGGUCACUGACCUCGCGGCUUUCGCGCAGGAGCUCAUUCCACAGCUGGAUGUGGAGGUCUUGUUCAUCGGCAACGCGACCUCGGAGGACGCUCGUCAGCUGGUGGCCGCAUUCCCGGCCGAGCUGCGGCCGAAGGCGGAGGCGCUGGCGCACGUCCCGCACCCGCCUGCGCGGGUCGUGCGCGUGCCGGUGGCAGAGCCUCUGGUCUGGGUCGAAGAUAGCCACGACACGGGGAACCGUAAUGUGGCCGUGGAGAUGUAUUGGCAGCUGGGACCUGUGGGUUCCAACGAAGCCAAGGACGCUGCCCAGGUCGAGCUGCUGGCGGAUCUCAUCGCCGAGCCUUUGUUCGACAGCCUCCGGACGAAGCAGCAGAUCGGUUACGUCGCUUCCUGCGGCGCGCGCUGGACGCACCGCGUGCAGGGCUUCUCUGUGUGGCUGAUGUCCUCAAAGUUCGGUCCGGCUGAGAUCUGCCGUAGAGCUUUGAAGUUCCUGGCGGACUUCCAGAAGACCCUGGAGGACAUGCCCGAGGAGGACUUCGCUCAACAUGUCUGCUCCCUGGCGGCCCAGAAGCUUGAGCCGGACCGGACGUUGAACAGCAUUCAGGCUGUCGCUUGGGCAGAGCUGCAAGAGAGGAACCAUCUCUUCGACCGGUCCUGGCGCGAGGCGUUGGCCUUGGCCGCGCUCUCCCGCCGCGAGCUCCUGGAGCUUCUUCGGGAGCUUCAGGGCUCCAAAAGGCUGGUCGUUGCGGCUGUGGUCGGUGGUCGUGCCAAGCCACAGCCCAAGUGA